AUGCGGGUAUGGAAACUUGUCACGUUGUCAACAGGAUUUAUAAGGAAGCUCUCUGUCGUCUCGAAAAGCGACAUGUCCUCCUCCUCUUCCGCAACUGAACAACGUCCAAGCGUUCGUCGCAGCUCCUGCCCCUCCCCUGCCAGGAGACAGUCCCACCUCAUCGAUUCACCUGCCGACUCUCGCCGGGCCAUUCGACGCCGAGAUGACGAGUCAGAAACUGAAUCUUCAGUCUACCAGCCAUCAAACAAGCGCAAACGCACAGAUACAGUGUUGGACGAUGGGACUUCGGACCAAUCUACUUCACAUCAGCCUCGCCACAAGGGCAAAACUCGACGUCAAUCUUCCUCAGCUCCCAAGGCUAAGCCCAAGAGACGCUCAACUCUACCUAAACACACCGCCAAAGCCAGUGAAAACGGACAACCUUUGAGCCUCGAGAUCAACUUGAUACAAGACUCCGACGAGGAGAACGAUAAGGUGAAGAUCAAGGAAGUCGAUAAUUAUGAUCCCAUCCGUGAUUAUUAUGAUGAAAUGACCACAAUCAUCAAUAAUAUAGCUAACUCUUUCACUCCUUUUACGUAG